AUGAAAUUUAUAUUUAUAUUACAUAUAUUACUAUAUUUUUUAAUUAAAUUUAUAUUUUGUAAAAAUGAAUAUGUAACUUCUGAGAAAAAUCAAAUUAAUUCAGAAUCAAAUAAAAAUGAUAAUUUAGAUAAUAUUGAUGAAGCGGAAUUAGAAGCUAAAAAGAAAGAAUUCAAUGUUAUAUCAGAAAAUUCUGAAGACACAUAUUUUGAAGAUACUUCAGAAUUAAUUUAUUAUGAUGAUAAUUUAGAUAAUUUAAUUUCAGAAGGUUUUUUAGAAAAUGACGAAAAUGUGAAGAAACUAACGAAGAAACUAACAAAUUUCUUAGGAGAAUUAAUAGAAGAUGCAACUAGCAAAAAUGAAAAUUUUCUUGAAAUUGUGGAUAAUAAAUUAUAUGAUACAGAAUCCUUUGAUUUCCCAUUAAAAUAUAUAUUAAAUGACAAUAAAAAGGAAACAUUUAAUCAAAAUAUAGGAAUAAUGGAAUUUUCGUGUCCUAUUUGUGGUGAUUAUUUUAAUGUAGAUGAGUGUAAUUACAGCAUACCUGAACAUAAAUAUAUAGAAAAGCUUAUAUGUUCUAAGAAUAAUAAAAGUGAUUUAUUUAAUAAAAAUAGUUCACUUUUUUUUCAUUAUUUAGAUAAAAAAAAAUUUAACCCAAUAAAAGUCAAAAACUUAUCUUUUUGUCCAGAUGUAAACAAGAUUCGUCAAAAAAGUAGCACUAUAGAAAAUGAACAAAAUAAGAAAACUGAUAAAUCUAUGAAAAAUCAGGCUCUUUUAAGUUUAAAUAAUCAUUUUGAAGAAACAGAAAUACAUAAACUAAAGAAGUAUCUGUUAUAUUUUAAAGAAGUAUCAAACAAAUUAACAACUCAUAAUAAAAAUAUUGAAGAAAAUUAUGAUUUAUAUAAGUAUAUUAAAAUAUUAAAAUAUAUUGAACACUUAAGAUUUAUAUGUGUUACUAAUACUUGUGCAAAAUGUUUUUUUAAUUUAGUCCAUGCACUUGAUUUUAUAAUACAUAAUUCUUUAUUACAAUAUCGUAAAUCCUACUUUACUUUAAGAAAUAUAUCUAUAAAUGUUAUUAAAGAAAUGGAAAAAUUAACAAAGAUAUUAGCCAAAUUAAAAGAUAAAAAUUCAUAUUCUAAUAAAUAUAAAUAUUAUAAGAAAUACAUAUCUAUAGAGGCUAGUGCAAAAAAUAUGAUUUUAUUAAGUAUUAAUAAUUAUCAGAAAAUAUUAGAAAAAGAGUUUUUGAAAUUACCUAAAAAAUCUUUAAAAUUAACAGAAGAAAAGAGUAAUAACUAA